CCCCCUUCAACGGGUUUGAACACUGCCCUCCCUCUGUGUCCUUAUCGCCUUCUGUGUGGACCGCGGUUGGAACCUUGGACAAGACUCGACUCCAGUUACAUACUCGACAUCAACCCAUAGUUAGGCCAGAAUGUCGUCCGUCACCGAUCACGAGAAAGCCACUGCUUCGGAGCUCGAAAAGACCCUCCCAGGCCAAAACACCCCUACCUCGUCCGGUGGACCCGGCGGCAUCGAUAAUGAAUGGACGGAUGAGGAGGAGAAAACCCUGAGGAAUAGGAUGGACUGGUACAUUGUGCCGCUCGUCACCGUUCUGUACUUGCUAUGUUUCCUCGACAGAGCAAAUGUCGGGAAUGCUCGCAUCCAGGGAAUGCAGGAAGACCUGUGGCUCACGGGUUUCCGUUUCAACUGGGCUUUGACCAUCUUCUACAUUCCAUACCUCCUUGUCGAAGUGCCAAGCAAUAUCCUCUUGAAAUGGGUUGGAGCAAAGGUCUUCAUCCCUUUCCUUGUGUUUGCCUUCGGAUUCUGCUCGCUAUGCACCUCUUUCGUCCAGACGCACACGCAUCUUUACAUUGCCCGUGCAUUCCUCGGGCUGUUCGAGGGAGGCACGAUGCCCGGCAUCGCCUUCUUCCUCAGCAACUUCUACCGCCGUGGAGAAUUGAUGUUCCGCAUUGGAAUCUUCAUCUCGGCCAGUUCCAUGUCCGGUGCCUUCGGAGGUCUGCUGGCUACGGGUUUAGCUCGAAUCCCACAGUGGGGAAUCAGCUCCACUCCCAUCCACUCGUGGCGUAACAUCUUCUUCUUCGAAGGACUCGCCACCAUGGCGAUCGCCGUCGUCUGCUACUUCUACAUGUACACAUCGCCCGAGACGUGCAACUUCCUGACACCCCGGCAAAAGUACAUCGCGAUGGAGCGGCUGCACCGCGAUUCCCGCGAGAACGCUGCGGAGAAGACGCAGAUGGUCCACGUCAAGCGCGGAAUCUUCAACAUCAACAACCUCCUCUGCGCGCUCGGCUUCUUCUUCAACAACGUAUCGGUGCAAUCGCUCGCUCUGUUCAUGCCGACCAUUCUCAAGGCACUUGGGUGGACCUCGACCAAGGCCCAGCUGCUCACCGUGCCUCCCUAUGUCCUUGCCGCCGCUUGGUCCAUCUUCGUCUCGUGGCUCAGCGACCGCUACAAGAAGCGCGGCAUCUUCGCAAUAGGCCACUCCAUCUGUGCCAUCGUCGGCUACGCAAUCCUCAUCUCCACCGAUAAGGCGGGCGUUAAAUACAUGGCCGUCUUCUUCUGCGCGCUGGGCUGCUAUCCGCUCGGCCCCAUCUUCCUCUCCUGGGGAAUCAACAGUACUAUCCCCCCUUUUCCCUGCUCCCUCUCUCCCACACAGCUAACCAAUUGCACAGACGCCGCCGGCCCCACGAUCCGCGCCGUCUCCAGCGCCUACAUCGUAUCCAUCGGCACAUUCGGCGCGAUCCUGGCGACAUGGACCUACAUCCCGUCGGAUGCGCCAAACUACAUCACAGGACACAGCAUGAACCUUGGUGCGCAAGCGUGCGCGGCACUCAUCGCACUCGUUGGCGUGUUCUACUGUCGCUGGGAGAACAACAAGCGCGCGCGCGGCGAUCGUGACCAGAGGAUCCAGGGGAUGUCCGAGGUCGAGGCUAGGAAACUCGGCUAUCGCCAUCCAGAGUUUAGGUAUAUCGAGUAGACGGUUGGUGGAUGGAUGGAUGGAUGGAUGGAUGGGUUGCGCGUGUAACGAACGGCUGGCUGGGU